ACUGUACAUACGUGUAAACCCAACAUGGAGAACCGUAAAAGGCCGUUCGAGGGAGGGUUGAGCCCUGAUGAAAGCUUCAAAACGCCGGAGAAGAAAGUGUCAGCGGUCCGGCUGCAGGACUCGGACUACAUGCAUUGGGGAGUCGAGGAAACUUGUCGCUACCUGCGUAGAGAAAAUCUCGGAGCAUGCGAAGCUACAUUUCGAGCACAAAAAAUCACAGGAGUCGGCCUGAGGUAUCUGGAAGACAGCCAUCUGGAGAAGAUUGGCAUUGAGAGCCUUGGUGACCGGCUGCGGAUCAUACACAGCCUCAGGAAGCUGUGGCAGAUAACAGCAGAGCCAAGCAAGGUGUUUAAUGAUCCCAUUCAUGGUCACGUGGAGUUACAUCCUCUACUCAUCAAAAUCAUUGACACGCCUCAGUUCCAGAGACUACGAAACCUCAAGCAGCUUGGAGGGACCUACUUAGUUUUUCCUGGAGCGUGUCACAACCGCUUUGAACACUCGAUCGGGGUGGGUCACUUGGCAGGCCGACUUGUUCAAGCUCUGAAUGAGAGGCAGCCUGAACUCCUCAUCUCUCACAGAGACAUCCUCUGUGUGCAGAUCGCUGGGCUCUGCCAUGACCUGGGGCAUGGGCCAUUUUCCCACAUGUUUGAUGGGAUGUUCAUCCCCAGGGCACGUCCAGGAAUAUCCUGGAAGCAUGAGACCGCCUCUCUGGCCAUGUUUGACUACCUGGUGAAUGACAACGGCCUGAUGGAAGAGAUGAAGGAGCAUGGCCUGGUGCUGCCCGAGGACUUGGACUUUAUAAAGGAACAGAUCGGUGGACCACAGGGCACUGAGGCAGCUAAGGGCCAGAAGUGGCCGUACAAAGGGCGUCAAGAAGAAAAGUCCUUCCUCUACGAAAUUGUGGCCAACAAAAGAAACGGCAUAGAUGUGGACAAGUGGGACUACUUUGCUAGGGACUGCUACCACCUAGGAAUCCAAAACAACUUUGACUACCGGCGCUUCCUGAAGUUUGCCAGGGUGUGUGACGUGGAGGGGCGGAAGCUCAUCUGCACCAGAGACAAGGAGGUGGGCAAUCUGUAUGACAUGUUCCACACGAGGAACUGUCUCCACAGGAGAGCCUACCAGCACAAAGUGGGCCACAUAAUCGAGACGAUGAUCACAGAGGCCUUUUUAAAAGCAGACAAGCACAUCCAGGUGAAAGGCUCAGGAGGGAAGACGUUCACUCUCUCCACAGCCAUAGACGACAUGGAGGCCUACACCAAGCUAACAGAUUACGUGUUCGAGCAAAUACUCAACUCCUCCAGUGAUGAGCUGAAGGAGGCGAGGCAGAUUCUACGCAACAUCGUCUAUCGACGCCUCUACAAGUGUCUGGGCCAGACUCAGGCAGACAAACCAAUAACUGUCACCCAGGAGACACUUCACCACUGGGAAGAAAAUUUGGCUAAGUCCAUCCCCCAAAACGGCCCCCAGGAUGCCUGUCUGCAGCCAGAGGACUUUGUAGUUCGUGUCAUUAACAUGGACUAUGGGAUGAAGGAACAGAACCCCAUCAACAACAUGCGAUUCUAUUGCAAGGACGACCUUACCAAAGCUUUCCAGAUUCGCAAGAAUCAGGUGUCUAAACUUCUCCCUGAGCAGUUCACCGAGCAGCAUAUCAGGGCCUACUGCAAGAAGACGGACAAAAAGAACCUGGAGGCUGCCAAGAAGCUAUUUGUGAAGUGGUGCAUGGACAUGAACUUCUCAAAGCCUCAGGAUGGUGACAUAAUAGCUCCCGAGCUGACUCCUCUGAAGAAGAGCUGGUCAAACACCAACGAGGGGGAGGAUGGUGGUAUUUCCAGUCAAGGACGCAGUGCUAGUGCAAAUGGACAAGUGAAAGCCAAAACUAAGCUUUUCAAGUAAGAGGAGGAGCACAAAUGACGGAAGGUGUUGAGAAUAGUAGUGAGAAUUUUAUUUUUCUAUGAGGCGAGUGUGUAGAUGAGCACAACAGAUUUUAAUAGCAAUACUUCUAUUAGAAGCUCAAUGUUUACACCCAAAAGAAUGUUUUCACAAAGGGGAAUCAUAAAUGUAUGUUCAGGGCUUAUACUCAGGUUGUGUUUUUUUUUUUUUUUUUAAAGAAGAUCCUUCUUCAGUAUUUAACACAUCCAUAAGUUUUAGUUUGAUCAUUAUAUCCGGGUUUUUAUUUUAGACUAACUUCAUUCGUAGCUGCGUCUGUCAAAUAUAGAUAUACUGUUCAUCAUUAAAUAAUGUACAAUCAUGUAUUUGCACUACAAACAAUAAAUCAAGGUCAAUCUAAAUGUA